CGCAUUUCCUGGUUUAAGUCACUUCCGCGUGUGCUAGGCUUCCUGUCUUACUUCUGGUUGAACAUGAAGUUGCUUAUGGCUGUCAGUUAAAGUAUUGGAAGUUUGACGGUGAGCCUUUACAUACAUUACAGAAAAGACAGAGUGAAGGCCACCUAUGGGCGUAUCUAAUACGUGUACAGGGUCUGUCCAGGCACAUUGUGGGCUCUGAAGAGGAAGGUUUUAAAAUGAAAGCUGUUAUCCUGGCUGCUGGCUAUGGAACACGACUUCUUCGAGACCUGCAUACUGAUAAGAAUGAACAAUUUAGACAUCUCAUAGGAAUUCCAAAACCAUUGCUCCCAAUUGGGGAGUGUCCUCUCAUAUCAUACUGGGUAGAUGCCUUGGAAGGAACCGAAAUUUCAGAUGUUAUUGUGGUUACCAAUGAUUAUUACCACAAUACUUUCAAAGAGUGGGCCCAGAAGUAUAAGUCUGUUACACUAAUAAGUGAUGGGUCCUCCAGCAAUGAGGACCGGUUGGGUGCUGUGUCAUGUUUACAGUUGGCCAUUGACAAACUAAAAGUAAAUGAUCAUAUACUGGUCAUUGGAGGGGACACCUUGUUUUAUGAGGAUUUCCAUCUCAAAGAUGUUAUAAGAAGAUUUCAGUCCCUUUAUAAGGAUAAUGCCGAUGCUAACCUGGUUUUAUCGUACACCUGUAAAGAUGAAGAAACUAGGAAAUAUGGGAUUUUGGAGACUGAUGAGGACCAGAGGGUUAGGGCGUUAAGAGAGAAACCUUCUCCCACGGAUACAACAUCAAGACAAGCAUGUCCUUGUUUUUAUGUGUUAUCUAAAGAUACCCUCCAGUCUGUGAGAGAAUUUCUUCAGGAAAAUAAGGAUGCACCCUUAGAGGAAAAAGAUGCUCCAGGUCACUUUCUCUCGUGGCUCGUGAAUAGAAACCCUGUUUAUGUUUAUCACAUAUCUGGCCGUUUUGACGUUGGAAACUUGGAGUCUUACAUAACGUGUGACAAAUAUUUUCAGGAAAAGAUAAAAAAAUGUCCCAAUUAUCUUCAAUGAUCAGGAAUUUAAUAAAUUCACAUUGCAGCACAGCUGAAACA